CAGCAGGUCAGGAUGACAGCAGGAGCCGUGGUGUCGGUGAUCCUGGCCAUCGGAGGCGCCGCACUGUUUUCUGCCGUUCACAAGAUCGAUGAAGGACACAUGGCUGUUUAUUACAGGUCCUGCCAUGGCCAUCCCAGUCCCCUGAGCUGAACCCCAUAGAAAACCUGUGAAGAGGAGAGUCCACCAGCGUGGACCUCGAAAUGUGAAGGAUCUGGAGAGAUUCUGUAUGGAGGAACGCUCUCAGAUCCCUCGCCAUGUAUUCUCCAACCUCAUCAGCGUUAUAGGAGAAGACUCAGAGCUGUUAUCUUGGCGAAGGGAGCUAGCACAAAGUACUGACUAAAAGCACCAAGCUGUCAGGUUUUGUACCUCGUCCUUGUAUGUAGCCUCAUCGUUACUUGCGAUCAGACCGAUGACUGUCGUGUCCAUGUGUGAAUUUCACAAUGGUGUUUGUUGCAUGCGCAGGUAGACAGUCAUGGGUGAAGAGUACGUACAGCGGAGGGCUCGACACACGUCCCUGUGGAACGCCAUUAUUCAGGAGGUGGAGCUCUGUUAACUGCAACCAGCGGCCCGGGUUUUCACCUCAUGCUGCCCUUUAUCACCACUUACAAGCCCGUACAGACCACACUUCAGACGGAUGAAGUGAAGAACAUUCCGUGUGGCACAAGUGGUGGCGUGAUGAUCCACUUCGAUCGGAUCGAAGUGGUGAACUACCUCGUACCCGGAGCUGUGUAUGACAUUGUGAGGAACUACACGGUGGACUACGACAAGGCUUUGAUAUUCAACAAAGUGCACCAUGAGCUGAACCAGUUCUGCAGCGUGCACUCGCUUCAGGAGGUUUACAUCGGCCUGUUCGAUCAGAUUGAUGAGAACCUGAAGCUCACCCUGCAGGAGGACCUGACCCGUAUGGCUCCCGGUCUCAUCAUUCAGGCUGUCCGUGUGACUAAACCCAACAUCCCCGAGUCCAUCCGCAGAAACUACGAGCUCAUGGAAACGGAGCGAACCAAGCUGCUGAUUGCAGUGGAGACUCAGAAGGUGGUAGAGAAGGAGGCGGAGACUGAGAGGAAACGAGCUGUGAUUGAGGCAGAGAAGAUCGCGCAAGUGUCCGAGAUCACAUUUGAACAGAAAGUGAUGGAGAAGGAGACGGAGAAAAAGAUAUCAGAAAUCGAUGACAGCGCGUUUCUCGCUCGGCAGAAAGCUAAAGCAGAUGCUGACUUUUACACGGCUCAGAGAGCAGCUGAAGCUAACAAGGUGAAGCUGACUCCCGAGUACCUGCAGAUGAUAAAGUACAAAGCGAUAUCCGCUAACAGUAAGAUCUACUUCGGCAGCGAGAUCCCGCGCAUGUUCCUCGACUCCAGGAGCACGUCCAAACCCACGGACCUUCUCUCCGAGGACGUCCAGAACAUGGACUGACGGUGAAGAGGCGCUGAGAGAGUCCCUCACGCUCUCUCACGCUGGGAAACGGGUAUCGCGGUGGGACUACAGACGAGGCAGCGCUAGCGUUUCUGCUCUCGGUGAGGGCCUCUGGUGAUGUCCUGGGGGUUUUACGGCCGUGUUUUGCCAAGAAAGCAUGCAGACCUGUGUUUAAAACGACAACAAAGCCUCACGCCAGACACAAGGAUGCCCACUGGUCGGAGAAUAUAUAAUGUGUGUGUGUGUGUGUGUGUGUGUGUGGGGAAAAAAUGCACUGUUUUCAUUCAGUCUUUUAGGCAAGAGACGACAUUUCAAAGGCCGAGACUGCAGGUGUCAGGCUGAAAGGGGGUUUUGUUUGGGUUUUUCUUUUUUUUUUUUUUUUGUUUCCUCCAGGUUUUCUAGCUUGAUUAAUAGAAACGAAUCCUUGCCAGCGUUAAAGGGAAACUCCCCCCCCCCCCCCCCCCCCCCCACAUGUUCCUGCACUGAGAGGGACAAAACCUCUGUUUAUACUCAACAUAAUGUCUAAUGGAAGUCUAAACAAAGACUUGUGUCUAAGGAUGGGAUUCGUGUGUGUGUGUGUGUCUCUAAGCAAAUCUCUAGUUAUUUAGUUUUCCAGCACUGGAGCAAAAGAACUAACGGUAGGUUCCGGUUACCUUACACCUUCCUGUAGGUUUUGUCCGUGUCUGUACGCCGGAUGUGGAUCGGAAGAUCGUAACCACAAGAUCUCGGUUACGCGACCCGCUAGGGACCGGGCCGGGCCGUGAGCGAUGAGAGGACAAAUAUAUCGCGAUACUUUUGAGUAAAUGAUCAGUGUCACGAUAUAUACGUUCGCUAGCAAGCUGCCUGAAAAUUCACACUGCGUUUUAAAUAAAUAAAUAGACGGGUAUGCGUUUAAAAAAAUGUUAUAAAUAAACACCACAAUCUGUUUAUUAAAAAAAAAAAAAAAAAAAACAAGGGGGUUGGGGGAGUACAUUUUAUUGUUCACUUGAAAUCUUUGUAAAGUUUUGAAUGUCACUGUUUGGAAUUGUGUUCGAAAAAGUGUUCUUUCUCCAUUAACUGCUAAUGCUUUUCUUUUAAAAACGACAGGAAUACCGAGCGGAGUGUAAUGUGGAGAUUUGAAGCUUUUCUAACACCGUGUGAAGAAUUCAUUAAAACGUUUUCCCACCCUACGUCACAUGA